AUGAACAACUUCUAUAUUUGCUGUUUCAGUGAAGCGCGAAAGUAUCUAGAAUUCUACAACUUAACAGUGUUCCCACGACGAGCGUUUGUUAUAUUCCUAGCGAAAGAUGGUGGUGACAUCCUUCGCCUUGACCAUCUGGAUGAGGUGAUUCGGUUUGACAGUUUGAUUACGGCAGCAUUGGCAGAUCGGACACCGUCGGAACAAGGAAGUUGUGAUCCGCUUUGCGACCUCAAUCGUCCGUUCCAUCUGAUAACGAAGGAGCUGCGUUCUAACAACUCGGGAACUGAUAACAAGCUAGGUUAUCCAGAAAGCUCGUUCCGCGGCACAACGGUGUUCAUUGGCAUGCAUUUUUUCGGAGCGAGCGUCGUGCCAGGUACUAAUAAGCUUCGGGCAAAAUCCAUUAUAUUAUGGUACUUUUCACGCGUAGACACUCCAGAGAGGAAACAGACAUACAAGGACACGACGUUGAAUUUGUUCCGUGUCAGUACUGAGGGCUCAUUCUCCAAUCUCAUCGAUUUCCAUAUAUUUGGUGAUGAAAUCGCCAACUCUGAAAUGGUGCGAGGCGCUCUUGAAAAAGUGAAAAAGAUUAGUCCCAUUGGAGGCGACAUUUCUGAUGUCAAUCGGCUUCAUAUUUCUGCUUGUCUUUGUGAUUGCCGUGAUCUGGAGGCAAACUACAUUACGCGUCACUCCAUUCUUAGGUUGGUGAAUUCACUCUAUGGCUGUACUAUGUUUUUUCUGUCAACGGUUUUGCGUCGUUUAGUGGCGAUCACUUUGAUCACUCCUUUCCUGGCCACCGUAGCGGCUUUCGGUUUGCUGUCAUGGAUGCAGUAUCCAAUCUAUUCGAUGCAGUGUGUCACUCCAUUCCUCGUUUUGGGAAUCGGUGUUGACGAUUCGUUUAUACUAAUCCAUCGCUGGAAGCAUCGUUCGGAUAUUCCAGAUCAUUCAUUACGACUUACUAAGAUGUCGCUGUUUUGUCUUUCAACGUCUGUGGCCUUGUUCAUCGACUACAUCGUUACAUACACUGUUCUGGCUCCAGUAGUUUACAUAUGCAGUGAUAUAGGUGGCUACCAGGUGGCUCUUUCCACAAAGCCAUCAAAAAGCGAUUUCCUAGGCAAGUGUAAUGUCGUUGAGUUGACUCUAAAGCGACGAAGACUGAUCCAACCCUUCAUGGAAUCAUUAGGCGCAAAUGGGAAGUGUUAA